CGACGAGGACGACCCCAGACCCGCAGAGUUGUGGAAUGCUGUGAAGACUUCCCUGGCCCCACAGUCAUAGACGAAAUACGUUUGGAACUAUUUUCAGCUGAAGGAUAUCUUUCAUCUAUUGAAGAGUUUUCACGUCUUCCACAAUGAAUCCAGUUUAUAGCCCCGUUCAACCUGGGGCUCCUUAUGGAAACCCUAAGAACAUGGCCUAUACAGGUUAUCCUGCUGGAUAUCCCACGGCUGCCCCCACCUACAACCCAAAUAUGUACCCGACCACCAGCCCUGGCUAUGCCCCAGCGACACUUCUGAUGAAACAGGCCUGGCCUCAGACAUCAUCCUCUUGUGCCACGGAGGGUACCUUUCACCUCCCAGUGGACACUGGGACCGAGAACAGAACUUACCAAGCUUCAUCAGCCGCAUUCAGGUAUACCGCUGGAACGCCCUACAAGGUCCCUCCCACCCAGAGCAACAGCGCACCUCCUCCCUAUUCUCCAUCUCCAAAUCCUUACCAAACCGCUAUGUACCCCAUCCGAAGUGCCUAUCCGCAGCAGAACCUGUAUGCCCAAGGAGCAUAUUAUACACAGCCAGUGUAUGCGGCGCAGCCUCAUGUCAUCCACCACACCACCGUGGUCCAGCCAAACAGCAUCCCGUCUGCUAUUUAUCCAGCUCCCGUGGCUGCCCCAAGGACUAACGGCGUGGCCAUGGGGAUGGUAGCUGGGACCACCAUGGCAAUGUCAGCAGCUCCUGCCCCGCCCCCUCCUCCCCCAGUGAAGGUCUAUUUGUUUGGUUACAACUCGGGUGCAACUUGGCACAUGGUCGGAGGCACUUUGCUGACAACCCCUCAACACACUGCCAUCGGAGCACAUCCAGUCUCGGUGCCAACAUACAGGGCUCAAGGGACUCCUGCCUACAGCUACGUACCUCCACAUUGGUAAUCCCAUUGGCCAAGCCACAUCUGGAGUCAAACAUUGUAUGCAACAACUCAAGUCUUACAUGGGUGCUGGUGCAACUGUCCCAAGGCACCAAGUCUGUUAGCAAGAACAAAAACAAAAGAAGUGCAAGGGUCACUUUAUGCAUUCUGUAGGGUUUAAUUUUUUAAUUCUUUUUUUUUUUAGUUGAUUUUGUAAAAGCCACUUCCCUGCCAUAGCCCCAUUCUCUCGCUGCCACCGCCUUUCUCCUCUCGUCUUCCCCCACUCAGAAUUGUUUCAUGCCACCCACUCAUGCUGAGCAAUAUUCAUGCUUUUGAACCCCCCUCUUCCUCCCCCUUCCAUCCCCCAGUCUUCACCUUCCUCUCUUCCCCCAGUUCCACGUCGCAAGUGUCUCCUGAUCUCAUGCAUUUCACCCAGAGUCUAAUUUUGGUUUUCUUAAUACUAGCAAAAAUGAUUGACUGGUGAUGUUCAGGGUUUCUGAGUGGAAAAAAAAGCACAGUGCUGGCAGGCUAGCAGGCUCCCCCCCCCCUUUUGAGUUCCAUUAAUAUCUACCUACCUAUCUGUCUAUAUCUGUAUCUUCAAUUGUUCCAUCUUCCACAACAUGACACGGGAAAAUUGGCGUCUUCCAGAUAAGGUGUCAGAAUUAGAUUUACAGUUCAUUAUAUCUGCGUUGAAACGUGGAGCUCAUUCCUUCAUUUACAGGAGCAGGCAAAAGGAUGAAUGGCGUGUCGGGCCACCCCCACCCCUCGUGUCACAGGAAGCAGGAAAGCUGCUAACUAUUCAGAGGGUUUUUUAAAAAAACCAACCUGGGUUUAUUUUUAAAUUGUGACGUCCCCCUGUCUUUCCCUGCUCCACAGGAAGAGGAAAUGGGGGGUGGACUUGCAUACAGGCAUAGAACCUUAAGUGAGCAAGAGUCAUUCUGUUGGCGUUUAUGGCCAUCUGACCGUGUUCUGGAUUCAGAGAGGAGAAUGAUUGAGAGCUUGGUGGUGAAAUCAAGUGAGAGAGGUUGGCAAGUUAACGUUUGGCAUACAGGCAGGGAAGUUGGGAAGAGAGGGGACGUGUGUUUUUUAACCCGUUGGGCUUCAGCAGUUGCUUCCACGGAGUGCAACAAAGGAGAGGCUGAGCUGGUCUCUUGUUUCACGGCCGGUCUGCUCAGUCAAACUAAGCGAAGUGGUGUUUCUAUAAAAGGAAACGUUCACUCCACCCCUCCCUUUCGGCUUCUCUAGUUUGGCACGUGCUGAAGUAUCCGAGCCAUUGGGUUGCACUGAGCAGCUCCAGCUCCCGAUUCCGGCACUCGGUAUUUUUUACCACGGAUUCGCGCAAGACACAUUCCCGGCAUGCCAGUUUGGUUGUGUGAAUUGGCCCAAGGAUGUGUGGAGCCGACUGGGUCUGGGGAAUGAGUGUGCGUGGCUUCUUUUUCGUACGAGCCCGAAUGAAUGCAGCUAA